AUGGAAAAUCCGAUCAUCCCAAUAGUCGAAGAUGUCACAACUCAGAACGGGGAUAAUGCAGAGGUGAUUCAAAACCUACAAGACGAACCAGAAGUGAAACGAAAACAACUCAACAAAAGAAAACCCCUCCGCAAAGCAAAAAAGGCUAAAGGUGGGGAAGAAAAGACAGAACAAAAGAAUAAAGGAGAAACCCUGGACGAUCACCAACAAAAUCUUCCCAAAAAAAAUGAAAUGCCCGAACCCCCGUUUGUCACGGAAAAAUGCGAAAAAGUUGAAAACGUCGAAACAAUCGAAACCGACGACAAAACGACUUUAGAAGAAAAAAUUGAGAAAGUCGAAAACGAAACAAUCGAGGAACCGCCACAACUCACACUUGACACACAAGAAUCCCCGGAACCCGAAGUGAAACGCAAACAAUUGAAUAAACGCAAACCAUUACAUAAAGCUAAAAAGACUAAAAAGAUCGAAGAGAUGAAAGAAGAACAUAACGAUGUCAUCGAUACACCUGCGGAACAUCAAGAAAGUGUUCCGGAACAUGUCGAAUGCCCUGUUGAACAAGUCACACCAGAUAGAACGGAAGACAAAGUCGAUCAUUUCAAUGUCGAACCCGCAGUAGUCGAUAAUGGUCUUGGAGAAGAACCCGAAGUGAAACGCAAACAAUUGAAUAAACGCAAACCAUUACAUAAAGCUAAAAAGACUAAACAGAUCGAAGAUACCACCAAAGAAGUCAAAGAAGUCAUACAACAAGGCGAAGAGCAACAUGAAAGUCAAAUGGAAUCUCCUCUCCAAACACUUUCAACAGAACACAUCGAUGGCAAUGAAAAGGUCGAGACGGCAGUCACACAAAUAGUCGAAGAUGUAAAUGUACAACACAACGAGAACGAUGUGACAGUGCAAAGAGUGCAAGACACUUUCGACGAAUUGGAAGUGAAAGAAAAGCCACGCAAACAACUCACGAGAAAACCUCUCCACAAAACUAAGAAGGCAAAAAUUGCAGAGGAAAAGGCGGACAUUCCAGAAGGGGUGUUGGACCAACAUGAAACACCUUCGGAACACGUCGAACAAGCACUUUUAGUCGAGCCACAAGUGACUUCAGAACUAGUCGAGAAACCUGUCGACGAGAAACAUGACGACGAUGGGAAACUUGAAAAGGGGGAAAAGCCAAAGAAAAAGAAGAAAACCAAAAAGACCAAAAAACAAGUGAAAGAAGUUCUUCCCACGUUUCCAGCGGGUGGAGCGAAUACAUAUCUUCGGUAUAUUUCCGAUGAAGACUGUAAUUUGUCUGGACUGCGUCGUGGGAAGAAGGGGCUUAUAGGAGACAAUUACUUUGAUAUGAAAAAAGGGAAUUUAACUGCUGAAGAGAUGAUGGAAGACGAACAUUACUGUGCACUGGCAUUCAAUGGGGACGAACAUAAAAAUUUCUUUGGGAUCUUCGAUGGGUACAGCGGCGUGCAAGCUGCUUUUGAGACAAAAAAAAUCCUUCCGGGGAUCUUGGAAGACCUUCUGAAAGAAAAUUACGAGAGCAAAGACUUACUUGAAAAGUGCUUUGAACGAGUCGACAAGAAGUUGAUGGAGAAAGACGAACUUGAUUGUAUUGGGUGCACUUGUACUAUUGUCUACGUGUGGGAAGAAGACGGAGAGAUGUACGUGCAGUCGGGGAACGUCGGAGAUUCGACGUGUUUUGUGAAAAAAUUCAAUGGGAGUACACCAGAGAUUAUCACACUGUCACAAGACCAUAAGGUGUCGAGUCCGUGUGAACAGAAGCGAAUUGUAAAAAGUGGGAUAGCGAUGGUAGAGGGGCAACGACGUAUAUGUGGAGUAUCAGUUGCUCGAUCGUUAGCAAACAAAUUUGUGAAGAGUCAAAAUUUGGGGAUGAUAGGAACGCCAUAUAUCAGUCCAGUGGUCAUGCUUGAAAAAGGGGAUGAAAUCAUUAUGAGUAGUGACGGGAUUUGGGACGUCACUUCGCCGGAAAUAGCGUUUCAACUACUUGAGGAGAAUGAGUUUGAGAAAGGAGCAAGAAAUAUCAUCGACCACUCUAUUAAGGUCAGCGAGUGCAGAGAUAACUUGACGGUCAUUGCUGUGAAAGUCCUCUGA